AUGAGUCAUCUCGGUGGCCAAGCCGAGGGUGGACUUAAUGUGACGCUUACAAUUCGUCUUCUCAUGCACAGCAAGGAAGUGGGAAGCAUCAUAGGCAAGAAAGGGGAUUUUGUGAAGAGAAUCCGUGAUGAGAGCGGGUCUCGUAUUAACAUCUCGGAUGGGAACUGUCCUGAGCGCAUUGUCACGGUCACUGGUCCCACCGAGGCUAUUUUCCGUGCUUUCACAAUGAUGACCCACAAGCUGGAGGAGGACAUGAUCAGCACGAUGGCAAACAGCGUGGUGAUGAACCGCCCACCGGUCACCUUGCGCCUCGUGGUGCCGGCCAGCCAGUGCGGCUCUCUCAUUGGCAAGAGCGGGAACAAGAUCAAGGAGCUGCGAGAGUCAACAGGUGCCCAAGUGCAGGUGGCUGGAGAUUUGCUGCCAAAUUCUACCGAGCCCGUGACCAUCUCUGGCACACCAGAUGCCAUCGUGCAGUGCAUGAGGCAGAUCUGCCUUGUUAUGCUGGAGUCUCCUCCGAAGGGUGCCACGAUCCCUUACCGCCCCAAAACAUCCACCACCAACAAUCCGGUUAUUUUUGCUGGAGGCCAGCUGAAGAAAUUCGACCUGCCAAAGACAAUGAUGGUGCACUUCUACACAACCAUCAUUGAGUCCAUCCUCACCUCCUCCAUCACCAUCUGGUACGCUGCUACCACUGCAAAGGACAAGAGCAGACUGCAGCGUAUCAUCCGCACUGCUGAGAAGGUGAUUGGCUGCAAUCUGCCUACCCUCGAGGACCUGUACACCUCGAGGACCCUGAGGCGAGCGAGGAAGAUUGUGGCCGACUCCUCCCACCCUGGACACUCUCUGUUCCAGCUACUCCCCUCCGGCAGAAGGCUGUGGUCCAUCAGGACCAAAACCUCACGCCACAAAAACAGUUUCUUCCCAUCCGCUGCUGGCCUCUUCAACAAGGCCAGGGGCUCAAACUGA